AUGCCUCAAACCGACGUUCUGGUUGUUGGCGCAGGCCCCACUGGCCUUGUCCUAGCUUUAUGGCUUCAUAAACAGGGCGUUAACUUUCACAUCAUCGAUCAAGCAGAAGCGCCCGCCAAAAACUCUCGCGCUCUGGUCAUCCAUUCGCGCAUUCUGGAAUUAUAUCGCCAGCUGGAUUUGACCGACGAAAUACUGCAACAUGGUCACAAACUGUCCGCAACCAACCUUUGGGUAGAUAGAUAUCACCGAGCACACAUUCCUCUGGAACAAUUUGGUUCCGACUUGACGCCGUAUCCAUUUCUGACUAUCUUGCCGCAAGAUGACCAUGAACGGCUUCUUGAAAAACGACUGAAUUCACUGGGCAUAUUUGUUGAACGAUGCACUCGAUUACUAGACUUCGUCGACCAUGGACCUAGCGUCACAGCAAAUCUUCUCAGUGAGACUGACGGCAGCAAGGCUACCUGGGAUGCUGCUUAUAUCGUUGGGUGCGACGGGGCACGUUCAGCUGUUCGCCAUGGCAUCCAUGCCAAAUACGAAGGAGACACCUACGAGCCGCUCUUCUACAUAGCCGACAUCGACGGCGAAGAUGGCCCUCUUUUCAAUGGGGAGGCGCAUCUUUCCCUCACACGCGACCAGUUUCUUCUGCUUCUGCCCUAUUCCCAGAAACGACAUGUGCGACUAGUCGGCACUACUCUCUCCAAAGACGGGUCCCUUGAUGAACAUAAGGACCAGCAACAACAAGUGACGGUCGACGAUGUUCUGCCGCAGAUCAAACAAGUGCUGGACGUGGAAGCGAUCAAGGUCAACUGGUUUUCAACAUAUCGCAGCCACCAUCGGGUGGCCGAUAAAUUUCGAGCCAAUCGAGCAUUCAUUAUCGGCGACGCUGCCCACAUCCACAGUCCCGUUGGCGGCCAAGGUAUGAACACGGGUAUCAUGGAUGCGAUGAACUUGGCCUGGAAACUGGCCACUGUGCUCAAACAAAGCUCAAUGACCGAAGAAUCCAAAGACCAGCUCCUAGGCUCCUACGAAUAUGAACGCCGCGCCUUCGCAUUGAAGCUGGUUGAAUCAACAGACCGCGGAUUCACCGUGAUGUCAUCAAACGGCUGGAUUCCCUAUAUCCUGCGCCGCUGGGUACUGCCUUAUGUUGCACCUCUGAUUCCCUAUUUCCCAUCCGCGGGAAAGGAGAUAUUCCGCACUGGAUCUCAGCUCAUUCUCUCCUACCGUGGAAGUUCCCUAAGCCAAGCAGCAGGUGGAUUCGGGGCUAUACAGCCUGGCGACCGUCUGCCAUGGGCUAAGACCAAGCAAGGGGAUAAUUUCUCCAGCAUACAGGAUAUCACCUGGCAGGUCCACGUAUAUGGAGACUCGAGGCCAGAUAUUGUGGAGUGGUGCACGCGCAGGAACAUUCAAUUGUUCGUAUUUGACUGGGAUAAACAGCAUGGAAAAGUCGGUCUUCAGAAGGAUGCUGCUUACUUGCUGCGACCAGACCAUUACAUUGCAGGGAUCCUUGCGGGAGAAGUGAUGGAAUCACAGUUGGACGAGUAUUUCUCCAGUCGGGGGUUGACGUGCUAG